CCUGCCGGGGGCGGGGAAACGAGGCAAAACCUGGAGCCCCGGACGGGCGGCCUAUCAGAAGCGACGGUCCCAGCGGAGAGGGCGGAAGAGAAGAAAGCCAGUUCCGGACUCGGCCGCGCCGCCAUCUGUCACCUCAGCUCCGGCGCCAGCAGCCCGUCACCCCAGUCCUGCCGCCUGUCUCCUCGGCGGAGGCUGCUUCCCGGUCCUGCCACCUGUCUUCCCUGUUCUCGUCUCUGGCUUCUUUUCCAACAUGGAUCUGGUCGGAGUGGCAUCGCCUGAGCCCGGGCCCGCAGCGGCCUGGGGACCCAGCAAGACUGCUCCUCUGCAUGAUAGUUUCAUCAGAAGGAGGAAAAGACUCUUCUGCCGCUUUGUUGAGGAUUUGCUUGAAAGCAAGAGUGCUUCAGUUGCGAUGUUGUGUUCCUCAAAUUAAGUGUCCAUGGGCUACCCCUCAAAACACAAUAUCUUGUUCUUUGGCUGAUGUAAUGAGUGAACAGCUGGCUAAAGAAUUGCAGUUAGAAGAAGAAGCUGCCGCUUUUCCUGAAGUUGCUGUUGCUGAAGGACCAUUUAUUACUGGAGAAAACACUGACACUUCCAGCGACCUAAUGCUGGCCCAGAUGCUACAGAUGGAAUUUGACAGAGAAUAUGAUGCACAGCUUAGGCGUGAAGAAAAAAAAUUCAAUGGAGAUAGCAAAGUUUCCAUUUCCUUUGAAAAUUAUCGAAAAGUGCAUCCUUAUGAAGACAGUGAUAGCUCUGAGGAUGAGGUGGACUGGCAAGACACUCGUGAUGAUCCCUACAUACCAGCAAAACCAGUUCCUACUCCCAAAAAGGGUUUUAUUGGAAAAGGAAAAGACAUCACCACCAAACACGAUGAAGUGGUAUGUGGGAGAAAGAAUACAGCCAGAAUGGAAAAUUUUGCACCUGGGUUUCAGGUAGGAGAUGGAAUUGGAAUGGAUUUAAAACUAUCAAACCAUGUUUUCAAUGCUUUAAAACAACAUGCCUACUCAGAAGAACGUCGGAGUGCCCGCCUGCAUGAGAAAAAGGAGCAUUCUACUGCAGAAAAAGCAGUUGAUCCUAAGACACGUUUACUUAUGUAUAAAAUGGUCAACUCUGGAAUGUUGGAGACAAUCACUGGCUGUAUUAGUACAGGAAAGGAAUCUGUUGUCUUUCAUGCAUAUGGCGGGAGCAUGGAAGAUGAAAAGGAAGAUAGUAAAGUUAUACCUACAGAAUGUGCCAUCAAGGUAUUUAAAACAACCCUUAAUGAGUUUAAGAAUCGUGACAAAUAUAUUAAAGAUGAUUUCAGGUUUAAAGAUCGCUUCAGUAAACUAAAUCCACGUAAGAUCAUCCGCAUGUGGGCAGAAAAAGAAAUGCACAAUCUCACAAGAAUGCAGAGAGCUGGAAUUCCCUGUCCAACGGUUGUACUACUCAAGAAACACAUUUUAGUUAUGUCUUUUAUUGGCCAUGAUCAAGUUCCAGCCCCUAAAUUAAAAGAAGUAAAGCUCAGUAGUGAAGAAAUGAAAGAAGCCUACUACCAAACUCUUCAUUUGAUGCAGCAGUUAUAUAAUGAAUGUACCCUUGUACAUGCCGACCUCAGUGAGUAUAACAUGCUGUGGCAUGCUGGGAAGGUCUGGUUGAUUGACGUCAGUCAGUCGGUGGAACCAACUCAUCCUCAUGGCCUGGAGUUCUUGUUCCGUGACUGUAGGAAUGUCUCACAGUUUUUCCAGAAAGGAGGAGUAAAAGAAGCCCUUGGUGAACGAGAACUCUUUAAUGCUGUUUCAGGCUUAAACAUCUCAGCAGAUAAUGAAGCUGAUUUCUUAGCUGAGAUAGAAGCUUUGGAGAAAAUGAAUGAAGAUCAUGUUCAGAAGAAUGGAAGGAAAGCUGCUUCAUUUUUGAAAGAUGAUGGAGGUCCACCAGUCCUGUAUGAUGAAUAGCACCAACACCCACUGCUUUCCAUUGUUUACACAGUGGUGACUGUCAGCUGCCAAUGGCAAAUGAAGUUAUGGGUGACUUGAAAUACCAAAACAUGAGGAGUGUACAAUGGUGCUUCUGUGCUUUUUUCCCCCCUUGUAACCCAUAUGCCAGAUGUGUGGAAUUUGUAGCUCAGCAUUGGGAGAAUAAAAUGUCACUACCUCUCGUCUUAUGAACAGGAUAAUAUAAUUCUUUAACAGCUACAGCUUAUCUAGCUGAAACCAACCUGAUUUUAUAGGAAUCGUGGCAUAAAAUGUUUUGAUGAGAAUUUUUAAAACUUAGGUAACAUUUCCAAACAUGGGAGGAAAGGACAGUCUCUCCUUACAAGGGAGACUUUUAUUACAACGUACUUGCUUUUUUCACCUCCCCAUUUUGUGUUCUAUCUUUCCUCAAAUAUUUUAUUGGCCUAAAACUAGCCCUUCUCAAUUCUUUUUCCAGCUUGUGACCGUGAUUCUAAAGGAAAAUUUCUUCUCUUUAGUAGGUGAUAGAAAUGGAAAUUUGGUUGUAAAA